AUGUCAGGAGGCAGGCAGGCAGCACAGCGCAAGCAGCCAGCCGCCAGCGAGGGAAAAAAGGCGGCCCGCCGCCCAUCUGCUGGUCUCGCGGCCCUUUUGUCUGACGAGGAGGAGCUGAACCGCCAACCGAGACAUUGGAUUCAGUGCGUCCUUCUGGACGACUCUAAUGCCCUUCGGCGCGACCGUGACGACGGCCCGGAGGACUGGGUCGCUCGGUUUGCCGGCGAGGAUAAGUCGGUCGAUGGGCUUGUUUGGGGCAAGUGGGACGAUCUACCGCCCGAAUGGUCCGACUGA